AUGACCUUUGACGAAGACUACAAAAACACCUACGGCUGUAAAGCCUACACUCAGGUGUGUGAUAAAUCAUCUAAAUCAUUCCACAGUGACCAGAGGAAUGUGACCAAAACAGAAAGUGAAAGUGGUGUCGUUGAUAGUAAAAGUGGAAGAUGUGGUGGAUGGAUGAGCGCGACGGACACGCCCCGUGUGUCGUCGACCAAAUGUCCCCCAGGAAACGAAAAAACGAAUGGAAAUGGAGAGCGAAGGUAA